UGUGUAUUGCUUCAUCAAACUAAGCUAUACUACAGAGGUCCAACUAAACAUGUGGAAUUAAACAAAGAUCUCAAUUUUUCUGUUUUGACUGGUGUCACUAUUUAAAGCACAAUCACUCUCUUUACCUUCAUUGUUCUCAGUCUGAAUAUAAUGUGGACACGUUAGACUCUAUAAGAGGCUUAUAAGUUUUGAGGACUUUGACAUUUCGAUGCAAACUGGCUGACGUUUCUGGUGCCCAGAAGUAUCUGCAGAGUGAGCGCUCUUCACUUUCUCGCCCCUCUUUGGUGAAAAUCAUUCCACUACGUCAAGUCGUCCCGUCCGCUCGGUGAAGAUGUCUGCGACGGGUACAGGCGGCUGUGGACCCGGACCCGGACCCACCUCGGGCACCGGGUCCGGGGCUUCAAACCCCCGAAAGUUUAGCGAGAAGAUAGCGCUGCAUACCCAGCGGCAGGCCGAGGAGACAGCCGCCUUCCAGGAGGUUAUGAUGGACAUCACCUCGACCAGGCUUCAGGCUCAGAAGCUCCGUCUCGCCCGGAGUCAGGGUCCGUACUACGGCGGCUCAUUACCCAACGUCAACCAGAUCGGCAGGAACCCUCAGGACUUCCAGGGCUCCUUCCCCUCCACUCUGGAGUCGAACCGGUCGACUCGGCAUCACGGCCUGGUGGAGCGAGUCCAGAGGGACCGCCGGUUCAUCUCGCCGGUCCGACCAUACCGCAACCGACAAGUGGACAACUCGCCGUAUAACUCUGCCUACCUGUCCCCGCCCCCCGACCCCAGCUGGAGAAGGAAUUGGUCCGGAAACUUCCCUGGGGAUAAAAGCCAGUUGUUUCGUCUCCCCACCACUGCACUCAACAGGACCAACUCCGACUCGGCCCUCCACACCAGUGUGAUGAACCCUCCCACAGGAGACCCCUUCACCACAGGUGGACCCACCUUCACCCCCCAGAGCAGCAGACGCAGCGGUCAGAGCGAUGGAGAGGGCAGAAGAAUGUUUCCGUACCCGGUUCCUCCCAUUGAAGAGAACGUGUUGGACGAAGGGAAAAUGCUCAAACCCUGGGACACCAAGAAGUUGCCUCUGUUGUCGUCCAGACCCAAGUCCUGUGAAGUCCCUGGCAUCAAUAUCUUUACGUCCCCGGAGCAGCCGUCCACGCCGGCUCACGGCGUCCCCUCAGCUCUCAACACCGGCGGCUCACUGCCCGACCUGUCCAGCCUCCACUUCCCCUCCCCGCUGCCCACGCCGCUGGACCAGGACGAGCCCGGCUACCCCGGAUCCUCCUCUCUGAGCGGGGGCAGCAGCACCGGGAACUUGGCCUCCACCCUCACGCAGCUGGGCAUCAAUGCUGCCAACGCAACGGGAGGCAACGGCAACUUCCAUCACCACACGCCAGGUCUCCUGGCGUCUCUACAGAGCACGCUCAGCAACCCCUCCCUGCAGUCGUCGCUAAGCAACCCCAACAUCCAGUCGUCACUCAGCAGCCACUCCUUCUCUAACUCUCUGAGCUCCGCCUCCCUGCACUCGUCUCUCAGCAACCCCUCGCUGCAGUCGUCCCUCAGCUCCUCCCCCUCCCUGCCGUCCUCCCUCAGCAGCCAAUCGCUGCACUCCUCCCUCAGUAACUCCUCCCUCCAGUCGGCGUCCAGCGGUAACCCCAGCUACAGCAGCGGAGUGGGCGGGUCCAGCUCCUGCUCCUCCUCCUAUUCGCCGCUGCUCAGCGGACAGGGUCAGCCGUCGCUAAGCACGUCGCCGCGGAGACGAGCCCAGCUGUCCCCGCUCAUCCUGCCCAUGGGAGGGGAGUCGCGGAGGCAUCACUCCAAGCAGUUCUCCCCCACCAUCUCCCCCACCCUCUCCUCCAUCACACAGGGCGUCCCUCUGGACACCAGCAAACUGCCCCUGGACCAGAGGCUUCCUCCGUACCCCCUCAGUCAAUCCCACCAGCACCAGCCGGGCCCCCACCAGUCCCUCCCCGGUCUGCCCGGCUCCCAGCCCGGCCAGCAGCCUCCUCCGCUGGGUCAACACCACCACCAACAGCUGCACCGCCUCCAGCAGCCGCGGCCCACCGCCCAGCAGCAGCAGCAGCAGCAGCAGCAGCAGCAGCUCCACCUGCAGAACCUGCGCAACCAGCACAUGCAGCAGCACUUUGGAACGCAACAGAGGCAGAUGGUGCCGCACAUGAACACAACGAACACGUCGCUGAUAAAGAACGAGAGCGCGUUGGAUCAGUGCGUCCAGAGCUCCUCGUCCUCUCAGUGUCACGUCAAACAUGAAGCGGAGCAGCAGGUGGAGCAGCACAGAGUCGGCGGCCUCCCGCAGCUCCAACAGAUCAGCCACAACCCGGCCACGGACCUCUACAAUGAUGCCUUGUUCAACUCUCUGCUGGACGACCCGUACCUGAGCCUGCAGCUCACGGGAAAAGCCAACCAGCAGUUCACAGCGGCGAACCAGGGGGACGGUCUGACCCUGAACCACAGCGGUCUGAGCUGCGGCAGCACGGACAAGAACCAGUUCCCCUCCAACACCCAGGGGCCCCUGGGCCUGCAGGACCCCGGGGACCAGCAGCUCCUCAACAACCAGAACCAGAACUACAGCAGCGGGGAGGGACGACACAACGUGCCCAACAUCAUCCUCACAGGAGACUCUCCCCCAGGUCUGUCCAAAGAGAUCGCCAGCGCUCUGUCCCACGUCCCCGGCUUCGAGAUGGACCCGUUCUCCCUGGACGACCCGCUCCGGAUGGACCCGCUGGCUCUGGACAUGCUGGACGGCGACCUGAUGCUCGCCGACCCGGCCGUGGAGGACUCCUUCCGAUCCGACCGGUUGAAGUGAUCCCGCCACCCCCACCCCCCCUCCACUCCACUCCAGGAGCUCGGUGGGAAUCCGGCGAAGAGACGGCGCCACCCUGACGGAGGCGGAGAGGAACGCCGCCCACUCACCACUCCCCCGGCUGGACGGCCUGCAGAGCGAGGUUUGGACGUGACUGGGGAAUCUCUCCGUCGUUCAGUGACGGAGUCUCGGAGGGACGGACCUGAGGUUUCGGUCGUGCGUCAGAGUGAACUGAUGGAGGGGGAGUUUUUCCGUCGAAGGCACUUACUGAAAACGCUCUUGCGAAGCUUGAAGUCAAGAAAAACCAAGUUGCUUCUCUUUAGGCAUUAGCUUGUUGAGUCUUAUCUGCAUGUUGACAAAUGCACUCGCGUAAAUGCAAAACACGCAGGAAUCAAAUGCUCACGUGACGUCGGCUUUGUGUAAGAAAAAAAAAAACCAGCAGCGCUUGGAAGAUCUUGAAAAGCUUUAUGCACCUGGACAGACCUUCUGUUUCCUGUCCGCUUCAUCCUGCUGCCACGCCGCAGGAAAGACGCCGCUUUACCCCAAACUGCCAUUAGGUCAGGAGAUAACCACCAGCAGAGGCUUCCUCUGCUCUAUCAGCCACUUUGACAGGAGCUCAGCCAUGAAACACAGAGUUUAUAUAUUUAAAGAAAUACACAUGAAUAUAUUUGAGAUGUCAGUUCAGAGAGAUUCUCCUCAGAACAAACUGCUCUGGUCUUAUUUCAGAAUGAGAAGCAGGUUGAAGGUUUGGGAUGAAGUUCAGGUUCAACAGUCGCCAUGUUGCCCCCAACUGUUCGAUGAAAGCAGCUUUAAACCCUCAGAUCAGACUGUGAUCACACGGGGCACUCUGUUCUCUUUUAUGUGAAAUGAAUUAUAAAUCAUCAGCUGAGGAAACUCAGUGAUAUUCACAAAUAUUUUAGUAGUUUUUUAAAGUUCAUCUGCAGACAAAGAUCAUCUCUUUUAAAAUUUAAAACUCAGACGUCUCAUCAUCAGUCAAUCAGAGGCGUCUGACUCUGAUCACACGGCAGUAUAAAGUCAGGACCCCUCGAGUCCAGUCCACAUCAUCUCAAAAACAUCUUUAGACCGGACUUAACUGGACUAGAGAGGGAGGAAAUGAGCGCCCUGUCUGAUCACAGAGAGUUCAUCCUCCAGUUUCUCCAUCAGACUUCACGUCACUGAGUCGCAGUCUGGAGGCUGAAGGCUGGAGGCUGGAGGCUGAAGGC